UGCAGAUACCCAACUUUUGACUACUGCAAGCCCAAAGUAGCACACCAAAGCCUUUGUAUAGAGCCGUGGUGCGUCUUUCUCUCCGAACGACGCUUUAUUCGUUUCAUGUGGAUUUUAACGGGCACAUUUGGUCUUUAACGGGCUUGUAGACCACUCAGACAUUGUGCGGGCUCUAGGACCAAGCAGGCGUGCCAUAAGCCGCCGGGGCUGCGAGUGUUCACAUAGCAGCACUCUGGAGGGAAGACCCGUCGGAUGUGGCAAUACAGAAUACUUGUGAAAUAUACAUAGCUGUCUGUCCUUUCUGCGGUGCCGAUUUCUGAAGAGCGCACGUGUAUUGGGAAUGGUGGCAUUGCCGCGAAGGUUUGGAGGAUUCGUGAUCUUCAAUUCUGAUAUGAGAAAAGCCAGACUUAACUGAUGUUUGUUCUGUCCUUCAAAUUAUCUGAAUUUUUUUCAAUUUCCCGGACAUAAUUCAAUUUUCUCGGGCAUCAUAUGUAAUUGAAAGUAAGCCACUGCACCUUGUCAAUCACAUCUUCAGUGCAGACGAUGUGCAUAUUUGGUUCGGAUUAAACCACCCGCUUCAUAACUUGGCUGUUGGGUGAAUGGGAUUUCUGAUCACAAUUCAGUUUUUCAUUUGUAAGAGUGAAGACGUGGAAAAGCCAUUUCUCGAAGCUGAUCAGUUGUUGUGAUGCUAACAUCUUCUGGUCUUCAGUGACAGCGGAAUCGGAUCGUCUUGGAAGCUUUUAGGGGACUCAAGGACAGGUGAAAAAUGAAAGCUCCCGUCCCUCUCCAGAUCCUGCUCUACGCUACUGUCAUCAGGAGCUUGAAAGUGGUGUCAAAGAGAGGAUCAGGGGCAGGCGCUCGGGCAGACCUCCUUUUGAACCUCGGCCCCAGAGUGGAUGGCUGCACAGACUGGUCGGUGGACUACUUGAAAUACAAAGUGCUUUUGGGGGAACCGGUGCGGAUUAAAUGUGCUUUAUUCUAUGGAUAUAUAAGAGCGAACUACACUCACGCCCAAAGUGCGGGACUCAACCUCAUGUGGUACAAAAGCACAGGGCUUGGGGACCACGGUGCUUUAGUACAGGGUUUUGAAGAACCCAUUUCCUUUGACGGCAUACGAAUGAGCAAGGAAGAGGACUCGAUAUGGUUUCGGCCAGCCGAGCUACAAGAUGCUGGACACUACUCAUGUGUGUUAAGAAAUUCAACAUAUUGUAUGAAAGUCUCCAUGGAACUAUCCGUGGCUGAGAAUGACACAGAUGCCUGUUACAACUCCAAGAUGAGGUACUUCGAGAAGGCAGAAUUAAGUAAAAGCAAAGAUAUCAUCUGCCCUGAUAUUGAGGACUAUGUUCAGCCUGGGAAGGACCCAGACCUAGUCUGGUACAAGGAGUGCAAGCCUAAACAAUGGAGACAGAGCAUCGUGAGAAGAAAAGACACCCUCUCGAUACGUGAGGUCGGAGAAGAUGACAUUGGAAAUUACACGUGCGAAAUACAAUUCGGGAGCUUUGUGGUGCGGAGAACAACAGAGUUAUCAGUCACAGCCCCUUUGACAGACAAGCCACCCAAGAUCCUGUUUCCCUCCGAGAACAAAAUAAGCACCCUGGAAACGCAAAUAGGAAGUCCGGUGAACCUCACCUGCCGGGCGUUCUUUGGCUACAGCGGCGACGCCAGCCCGCAGAUCUACUGGAUGAAGGGUGAGAAGUUCAUCGAGGACCUGGACGAGAAGCACGUGCGCGAGAGCGAAAUGAAAACCAUCCGCGAGCACCUCGGGGAGCGGGAGGUGUCUAUCUCCUUGAUGAUUGAACCGAUGAAGGAGACCGACUUGGCGAACUACACCUGCUACGUGGAGAAUAACAAUGGCAGACGGCAGGCCACUGUCCAGCUGACCAAAAGGGCAGAGCUUAUGUACACAGUGGAGCUGGCCGGGGGGUUAGGCGCUAUCUUGCUUCUGCUCAUCUGCCUGGUCACCCUGUACAAAUGCUACAAGAUCGAGCUCAUGCUCUUCUACAGGAACCACUUUGGGAGUGAAGACGUGGACGGAGUCCAAAACACGCAGCUCAUCAACAUGGGAGACACAGAGUACUCCACCAUCAUCUGUAACAUCAUCAGUGUCGUGCUUACAUGGGAGACGUGA